UGUAUUUCGAUUGCUGCAACGUGUCAUUCAUUGGAUCCUCUUCUUUAACGUGUACCGUUAACAAAGUCUCGCCGUUGAGUCGAGCUAUCUGCUCUUGUUGCAUGGGUUGUCUUCGACAUCUACACAGCUCGACCUGGGCAUGUUGCGGCAAAGCCUCAGACGCCUAGUCGCCGAUCAGCGAGGCACAGCAUGCUCUCAGAUCCGGCGAGGAUUGGCCACUGUGGCAGGCCAAAGAAAUUUCGUCAAGAUCGUCGAGGUCUCUCCGCGAGACGGUCUGCAAAAUGAGAAAGCCAUCGUACCUACGGAAACGAAGGUCAAACUUGUGAAUUGGCUGCUCAAAGCCGGGGUAUCUGUGGUCGAGGCAGGGUCGUUUGUCAGCCCGAAAUGGGUGCCGCAGAUGGCCGAUACUCCACAGGUGAUCCAGGAAAUGCAAAUCAAGUCGGGUGUCUCGUAUCCAGUUCUCGUUCCGAAUGCAAAAGGGCUCGAUACGCUCCUAUCCAUUUUGUCUUCUGACAGCUGGGCUACACGCCAAAAGCCAACGGACGAAAUCGCGAUCUUCACCGCCGCCACCGAGUCAUUCACCAAAGCGAAUACCAAUUGCACCAUUGCCGAAUCGCUUGAACGUCUCUCGCAAGUGACGCAGCGUGCGCGAGAUAACCAGCUCAAAGUACGCGGAUACAUCUCCGUCGUUGCCGGCUGCCCGUACGAAGGUGCAGUCGACGCAAAGCGCGUGGGCCAGAUCGCCAAGGAGCUGCUCCAGAUGGGCUGCUACGAGGUUAGCCUGGGCGACACGGUCGGUGUUGCCACCCCGCCCGAAAUGAUUGCCGUCUUGGAUGCGUGUGUCCAAGCGGGCGUGCCCGUGGAUGCGCUCGCUGCACACUGCCACGAUACCUUCGGCAUGGGCUUGGCGAACGUCUUGACGAUGGUGCGCGCGGGCGUGCGCACGGUCGACUCGUCCGUCGGUGGACUAGGCGGGUGUCCGUACAGCCCGGGUGCGACAGGAAACAUUGACACGGAGAGUGUCGUGUAUGCGCUGCACAAGGAGGGAUACGAGACAGGGAUUGACUUGUCAGAAGCAGCCAGAAUUGGCGAUUGGAUCUCCAACGCAAUCGGGCGCUUGAACAGCAGCAAUGCGGGGAGAGCGAUCAUCGCCCGGGAACGAUUGCAAAAGGAGAAGGCCAAGCUUUGAUCACCGCUGUGGCGGGGGUUUGCUAUUGUUGUACGAUGAAUGAAAUGAUAUAAUGCUAC